AUGCCAAUCGGAUUCAAUUGCCUCACGGAAGAAGGUCAGCAGGCCUUAGAAGAUGGAAAAGGAGGAUCUGUUAUCCAUAAAGAUAACGAGAUAGAAUUCAUCUACAAUAAGCUUAAUUUGGGUAUGGGGAAGUUAUAUAUAUUGGAGAAAAAAUUAAUAUGGGUAUCAAACGAAAGUGAACAGGAAAAAGAAAAGAAAAAAAAAAAAAUCACAGAUUUUAAAGAAAUUACUACUAACCCUAGUUAUUUGAAGCAUUAUGAGAAACACCACAAUUUUUAUAUGCACCUUUUGAAUAACGUUAGUAACAUCUCUGUCGAUUCCUCAGACAUCGCUUUGCAUGCAAUUACAUCAGAUAAAAAAAUAUGCAGUAAUUCUUGUGUGUACAUACAAUUAAACUCAGAUAUUACAGGAGAGGGUGAAAAUGAAAUGAAUAGUAUUGGUGAUGAGAGAGAAGUAGGAAUGGUUCAGGAAGAAGAAUCAAAAUAUUCAGUUAUGAAUAACGGAAUUGGAGAAGAUCCCUGUAAAGGAGUGAAUAAUACGAGGGAUGAAAAUUCAUCCAAGUCAUCUCCUGAAAAACUAGGAAAACGACUGUUAACAAAGUUGGUAAAAAAGCGAAAUUUUGUGAAAAAAAAUAAUCAGAAUGUGGAUAAUGAAAGUGACCAUGAAUUAAACGGUGAGGAUAUGUCAUAUGAAGAAAUUAUAACCCCUGAGAUAAUCCUAAUUAGUAAAAAUCAUUCUAACAAUGAAAUAAUAUUUCGUCAACUAAGCAAUAUGGAGAAUUCGGAAGAUGAGGAAGACGACGAUAGCGAUGGGGUAGAGGGAGAGGAGGAAGAAGAAGAAGAAGAGGAGGGAGAGGAGGAAGAAGAAGAAGAAGAGGAGGGAGAGGAGAAGGAGGGUGAGAUGGGUUAG